AUGAAUAGGGAUCUUCCUCAAGUUCAUCCAAAUAGGGAGCAUUUCGAGUUAUCAAAUGUUGGUUUGUCAUUAUCAAUCAACUUCAGGAUUCAAGGACAUAAAAUGAGGUUGGUUGAAAUGGGUGGGUCUCAUACUAUUCAAGAGACAUAUGAUUCUCUGGAUGUCCAUGUCGGUCAAUCACUUGCAGUUCUUGUAACGUUUAACCAACGAGCUAGAGAUUAUUUUAUCGUCGCUUCCUCGCGGUUUACCUCCCCUGUUCUCACUUCCACCGGAUACAUUAAGUACUCAAACUCGAAAGUUAAAGCUUCGGGUGCUUUGCCAGUUGGUCCUACUACCCAUGUUCCCUGGUCUAUGAAACAAGCUCGAAGUUUCAGAUGCAAUUUGACAGCGAGUGCAGCGAGACCUAACCCUCAAGGUACAUACCAUUAUGGAAGCGUAAAGAUAAUGAAGACAAUCGGGUUAUCUAACUCAGAAGCUAAAAUUAAUGGAAAACUGCGGUAUGCUAUUAAUGGGAUGUCUUAUAUAAACCCCGAUACUCCACUUAAGUUAGCUGAUUGGUUCAACAUUCCUGGAGUGUUCGACUUAAAGAGUUUCAGCAAAAAAACUUCGAUUGGAGUUCCAGCUAAAUUUGGAACUCCUGUGAUUGGAGCUUUGCUUCAUGACUUCGUCGAAAUCAUCUUCAGUAAUACAGAAGACACCAUUCAGUCUUGGUACCUUGCUGGGAACGAUUUCUGGGUCGUCGGGUACGGACCUCUGAAGUGGUCAGCAGCACAAAGAAAACACUACAAUUUAGUGGAUGCUCCCAAAAGUUACACAAUUCAGGUAUACCCAAAGUCAUGGACUGCAAUAUUAUUGCCAUUAGACAACAAGGGAAUGUGGAAUUUGAGGUCUCAAAUCUGGCCAAGAAGGUAUUUGGGACAAGAAUUGUAUGUUAAAGUAUGGAAUGAUGAGACAAGUCUAUACACCGAGUACAAUCCUCCUCCAAACACGCUUUUCUGCGGGAAAGCUAGAGGUAAACAUGUCUAGUAAUACGUGUUACUUUCUACACUAUUUCAAUUCCCUGAAGUAAGCUAAGUAGCUUUUCAUUUAGUAUAUCUACUACCGCGAAUAUUA